AUGUGGGCAGCCUGCUAUGUGGCUGCUUUGGCCAUGGCGGCGGCGCGUGGGGUCUGCCAAGACACAGUCAAAACAAACACGGUCCUCAGGGUCACCAAGGACGUGCUGAGCAACGCCAUUUCGGGCGCCCUACAGCAGAGCGACGCCCUGCGCUCGGCCCUGCGCGAGGUGCCCGUGGGUGUGGGCGGCGUCCCCUACAAUGACUUCCACGUCCGGGAGCCGCCCCCCACAUACGCCCACGGCAAGCAGCUGGGCGGGAACUACAAGUACGGCCGCGUGGAGGCCAGCGACAACGCCGCGCAGCUGGGCGGCAAGUACCGCUACGGCGAGAUCCUGGAGCCCGACGGCAGCGUCCGCGACCUGCGACGCGGCGACUACCGCGCGGCCCCGGGCGAGCACAGCGGGCCCCCGGGCGCCGGGCGCUACCGGUCGGCCGAGGCUCCGGCCCCCGGGCACCGGCUUCACCGGCGGGACCUGCGGCGAGACCUGCAGCCCGGAGAGAUCCCAGCUGGGGUGGCCACGGGCGCGCUGGGCCCCGGCGGCCUGCUGGGCACCGGGGGCAUGCUGGCGACAGACGGCAUCCUGUCGGGCCAGGGUGGCCUGCUGGGCGGAGGCGGUCUCCUGGGCGAUGGAGGACUUCUCGGAGGAGGAGGCGUUCUGGGCGUGCUCGGAGAGGGUGGCAUCAUCAGCACGGUGCAAGGCAUCACAGGGCUGCGCAUCGUGGAGUUGACCCUCCCGCGGGUGUCCGUGCGGCUGCUGCCCGGCGUUGGCGUCUACCUGAGCCUGUACACCCGCGUGGCCAUCAACGGGAAGAGUCUCAUCGGCUUCCUGGACAUCGCCGUGGAGGUGAACAUCACCGCCAAGGUCCGGCUGACCAUGGACCGCACGGGGUACCCGCGGCUCGUCAUCGAGCGCUGUGACACCCUCCUGGGAGGCAUCAAAGUGAAGCUCCUGCGAGGGCUUCUCCCGAACCUCGUGGACAACUUGGUGAACCGAGUCCUGGCCAACGUCCUCCCCGACCUGCUCUGCCCCGUCGUGGAUGUGGUGCUGGGUCUCGUGAACGACCAGCUGGGUCUCGUGGACUCCCUUGUGCCUCUGGGCAUCCUGGGAAGUGUGCAGUACACCUUCUCCAGCCUCCCGCUCGUGACGGGCGAGUUCCUGGAGCUGGACCUCAACACCCUGGUCGGGGAGGCCGGAGGAGAGCUCAUCGACUACCCGCUGGGGCGGCCGGCCACGUCGCCCAGGCCCAGGAUGCCGGAGCUGCCCCCGAUGGGCGAGAACACCAACUCCCAGCUGGCCAUUUCCGCCAACUUCCUGGGCUCGGUGCUGACACUGCUGCAAAAAGAGCGGGCGCUGGACAUUGACAUCACCAACGGCAUGUUUGAAGAGCUUCCUCCACUCACCACGGCCACGCUCGGGGCCCUGAUUCCCAAGGUGUUCCAGCAGUACCCCGAGCCCCGCCCACUCACCAUCAAGAUCCAGGUGCCCAACCCGCCGUCGGUGACGCUGCAGAAGGACAAGGCGCUGGUGCAGGUGUUUGCCACUUCCGAGGUCGUGGUCUCCCAGCCCAACGACGUGGAGACCACCAUCUGCCUCAUCGACGUGAACACCGACCUCCUGGCCUCGUUUUCCGUGGAAGGCGAUAAGCUCAUGAUCGACGCCAAGCUGGACAAGACAGACCUCAACUUGAGAACCUCGAACGUGGGCAACUUUGACGUGGGCCUCUUGGAGGUGCUGGUGGGGAAGAUCUUCGACCUGGCCUUCCUGCCCGCCAUGAACGCGGUGCUGGGUUCCGGCGUCCCUCUCCCCAAAAUCCUCAACAUCGACUUCAGCAACGCCGACAUCGACGUCUUGGAGGACAUUCUGGUGCUGAGUGCUUGA